GUGGCGAGCAUGUGUGGUGAGCGCGCUUACAUUGCUGCAGCGAUUAUACUGAGCAACAUCGAAACAUCGCACAAAGCAUAGAAAUAGGCGCUUAUACAUUGCAGCAGUAGCAGCAGCAUUGGCAGGAGCAGCUGUCGUCAAUAUUGGGUUCGCAGGAUACGUAAGCCGUUUGGUCUGAUGAGUACUGGCGUUGCUGUUCGUGCGUUGUGGUCGUAGUCGUCGCCGUCGUUCGAAGUCGUUGUAGUCGCUGUCGGUGUCGUUGAUAAUUUGCUGUGCUGUGCUGUGCUGCGCCGCUGCUGUUGUGGAUUUUGUUGGAAUUAAAGAAAUUUGUGUUUUUUCUUUCCUUUCUCGCAACAACUUUUCCAUUAUUUUUUGUGCGUUUCCAUAAAAUACUUCGGUAACAGUUUUUCAUGGUAGUUGGAAUUCGCUGAAAAUCGCAAUGAAAGCAAGUUGAAGAUUUUUUUUGUGAAAAUCGUGCAAAAAAGAAAAAGAAAAAAAUUGUGCAAUUUGCGGAAAUCGUGAAAAUUACAUGUGAAAUGUGCGCAAAGCAAAUGCGAAAAUGAAAUGUAAUCGUGUAUGGGAAUGUGAGAAAAAUUAUGUAUGAUAAUUCUGCGCUUAUAUGUUGGCAGAAAAUAUACGUGAAAGCUGCAAAGUUGUUGCGGAAAUGUGUAACUGAUCUAUGGUUUUGUGUUACGCUGCCCAAAAACGACGAUUUUACAGUGAAGAACGUCCGUUAAGUGCAAACCCUUCUAAAUUGGCUACAAUUCCCAACUCGAAACAGAUUCUACAUAUAUAUUUGCAGCAGCGUUAACACGAUACCUCCCAUCCGUCGUCUACUACUAAUAAUAACUACAUUCAAACAUACAAGGUAUAAAUAUACUUAUAUAUAUUUAAGCGCCAGUUGUUUUUUGGACAUCUGGCAUAAAGGAGCACAUCGAUUUAAGGGCGCCACUUUAACGUCCAACCAAGUGUCAACAUAAACAUCAAAUUGGCGGUUGGUGUGUUAUUUUUCGGUAUUUUUAAAUACAUCAUAAUUUCGCACAAGAUCCGGUGAUGUGGGACAACCCCCGCAACGGGAAAUGCAACAAACCCAACGUUAUAUACCGUCUGUAUCUGAUUUAUAUGGGACGGACGAGAUAGAACUCCUACUGGACGAAAUACGCGAAUUAGAACCGGUCUGCUGUCAGCUGGACGAUGAACAGGAUUUUGAAAUAGCUGGCAGCAGAGCCGGUGAGCUGUCACUAUCCUUAGAAUCGCCGCUGGGCACGUGCACGUCGUGGGACUCGCACGCCAAUUAUAAACAGCGCAGCGGCCAAACGCCACUGCCAUGGGGUGUAGCCCUACACUGUGAUCCGCAACACUUGAAAACGCCUACAGGGAUUGUGCGUAUUCUCUUGGUGUUAUCGUCAGCCGCUUGUCUAGCCUGCGAAUGCUCCGCCGGCACGGUACAAGUCGGCCUCUUUUUACUGCCACUCAUCGGACGCUUGAGAUUAAUGGUCUUCUGUGCGAUCUUCUCCCUACUAAUCACCUGUCUGAUGUUAUUUCUAGACAUUUCACAUAUAGCACUCAUGUUCCCAUUCAAUUGGACUAAAGUUAAUACAUGGAUGUACCUGAGCAUUGGUUUGAUAUUAAUUUUGAGCUCGACAUUGGUCAUGCAUAUGGUGCUCUAUGCUGAGGAAUACGUUUUGGUCAACAAGCACACCAAAGAUACACUGUUCACUUCAGCGUUUAUCGGUUACAUUUGUGCCAUUGAAUCGUUUAUAUUGUCCGGCAUUGCCUCAUGGCCAUGGACGCAAUAUUAUCGUCAGGUGCCCGACGAUGGCAGCGAAAUGUAUAUCGAAGAUCGUGAAAUGACACCAAUGAGUCCAAUCGAGAGUACUGAUGUGCCGAAUACACACCAUCAAACACAAUAUAACAAUCGAAAUAAUAGCACUGCACACAGCGAAUCAAAUCACAAUAAUCAGCAACAGCAACAACAACAACAAUACAAUCGAAUAUCAUCGUCGUCGUCCUAUAAUCAAAAGCCUUAUAUACCUGCCAAACGACCCAAUGAAUUGAUUAACCAAAGACCAACACUGGGUCACACCCAAACAACCAGGAAACCAAAUACUCGUUACCGUGAAGGCUAUCAUUAUCAACCAGUUGCGUCAACGUCCCGCCAGAGUCCCACAUUCGUCCUAGGCGAUGACAUUGGGGCCGGUCCAUCCACAUCCCGAUCCAAUGAUAAUUCUAGUGCGUGAUAGUUUUUAUUCCUCAUAAUAAUGUAAUAAAUUUAAAAUAAAAUACAUAAAAUAAUAAUAAAAAACAAUUAAGACAAAAAAAAUUUGCAAAAAAAAUUACAACAAAAGAAACAAAGAAAGCGUACACAAUAAAACAUUGUCAUUGAACGAAAAUUCGCAAAACAUAUUAACAAUUAGUUGUUGGAGAGAGAUAGAGAGAGAGAGAGAGAUAGAGAUAGAAAGAGAGAGUAAGCGAGAUGAAACAAAACAAUAAGAAAAGCAAAAAAGAAAUAUAUCUGCGGGUAUGAAAAAUGAGUAAAAAAAAUAAUUAAGCAGCUGAAUUUUGUUUCAGCAACGAAUACUGAAGAAAAAAUCUAUUUAAACAAAAUGCAUUUGGUAAUUGUAACGAAUUGUUUAUAGCUGAACAAAAACAAAAACAUAAAUAAAUAAAGAAAAAUUUAAAUGAAACCAAAGUGAAAAAGGCAAACAACAGCAACAAUAAUAAAUACAUAAAUAAUAGUUUUAAAUGUGUGUGUGUAAAACAGAGUUUAACGAAUUACGAAACAAACAAAAUAAGAAAAUGGUAAAAACACUAAGAAUUCAAUGAAUUUAAACACUGCAAUAACGGAGACGAAGAAGCAUGGCGACAAAGAAUCAUUAAAAUUACAUUGUAAACGUAGGUAACGAUCAAACAUAUGUAUUUAUGUAUGUAUGUUAGGUACUAAUAUAAUUAUAAAAUAAAAAUUAAAAAUCCAAAAGUAAUAAUAGUAAUUAAAUAUCGAAUAACCAAUUGGUUUGGUGGCAAAAACGUUGGCAGCGCCAAAUAAAGCGUCCAGUAGUGUUUAGAAAUCAUCAUUUUGAAAGGGACUCAGAUUUUUGUGAGUCCCAUGAUGUCGAGAAACUACGAAAUUGUUGAACAAAAUACAUUUGUCUGCAUUUUCUGCUAUAGUUAAAAUGCAAGUUUGUAAAGUAAAAGUAAGCAUUUAGCCUUUACUAGUUUGCUCUUCAAGUGAUUUUACUUCUAUUUCACGUUUACGUAUUUAAUUUGCUGAAAAGUUAAUUUUAAAUUGUAAGAAAUAUGUUUUUUGAAUUUUUUUUCAUAUUUUGUUUUUUCAUAUACACUUUUAAAAAUUAUUUGUAAUAUAAUAUUAAUUAUUUUUAUAGCAAUUUUUUAAGUUUUAUAUAUUACAUUUAACAUUUUCUACUUUUCCUAAUAAUUUGCCUGUAAUCACAAAACUUUCUGAGAG